AUGGGCAAAAAGAAAGCGAUCCGAAUCAUUUUCCAGGAGAACCCAAUCGAAACGGGACGGGAGUAUCCAAUCGUUUUCGAGUUCCGGAUUCGCGAUCGAAUUGAGGUGAUUGAAGUGGGCGGAGUCUUUGAAGGAGUUUGCAGAUGCACCGUCGAUGGACAGGAUACCGUGCAAACGGUGAUCAACGUACCGCUCGAUUUGAGUCAAUUGCUAGUGCAUCAGGUGAUGCACAAGGGUAAAUCGGUGCUUCCGUCAGGGAUUUUCCGGGUUCCAGGCGUCAUCAACAUCGCCACCGACACGCCCGGCUCAAUCCGGGGAAAAUUCGGUGCGAUCGCCUAUCGUUUUCGAGUACAUCUUAAAGCCCGCAAAAACAACGAGGAGGCCAUGCUGGAGAACGAGCGGGAAAUCGAUGUGAUCGGUUCCGUCUCGAUGAGCUCGUUUCCCGAAUUCGAGAAACCGGUGCACAUGCAGCGACAUUUGAAGCGCAAAUUUCUUUGCUUCAACAUUCUCGACGCGAAUGUGAAACUCGAGAUUGAGAAGGCUGCGUUUAUGCCGGGUGAACACGUGCUGGUGUCCGGUGAGGUGACGAACGGGGUCCACUCGAGCAAUCUGCGAUCAAUUACACUCGAGUUGCGUCAACGCACCGCUUACAAAAGCGGUGAUGGCACGAGGAAUGAGAGUCACACGAUUCGCCGAGCUGUUUGUGGCGCGUGUCCAAGCGGGGAUUCGAUGAAAAUCCAUCACUCUUUGCAAGUGCCGCCCGAUCUCUAUCCGACUCUUUUGACGGCGAAUUCUGCUAUACAGGUCACCUACAGUAUCCUCGUGGCAAGCGCCGGGUAUUUCGAGGUGGAGGUGCCGAUUUUUGUCGGCAAUCGAACGAUGAUGAUGCCGAGAGCGAUUCGACAAUCGGCCAGCAUGAACUCUAUAGACUCUUUCGAGAAGUCGUCCUUUUGUUCAUCGUCUCUUCACUCGGAUCCCUAUUAUUAUGUGCCAUUCGAGGAAUUCUCCGACCGACCACCACCAUAUCCAGGAAGACAGGCUGGCCCCUAUUUCAUCCCGAUCCACGUGCAGCCGCGGGUUUUCCGCCCAGUUUUUGAGAUGCCAUUCAGAGAAUUUCCUCCCCAAUAUUCCCCUCCACUUCGCCCACAGUUCUCCUCUUCAAAUCCAUCCCAACAAAACGAUCAACGAUUUUUGAAAAUCGAGGAAAUCGAU